AUGAAAUUUAACCUCAGCAUUCUCCUGGUCCUCGCUUUCCUCCUCGCAACUAUUAAUGCAGCACCAACUGGUACUCAUAAUGGCGACGUUACAUUUUUCUCACCCGGUUUGGGUUCCUGCGGAAGAGUAAAUAAAUCCUCUGAUAAAAUUUGCGCCGUUUCGAAGAUAUUAUACGAUCGGUUCACAAAGAAUGGAAAUCCAAAUAAUAACUCUCUCUGCGGCAAAAAAAUCGCAGUCACAGUCGGAUCGAAGACAGUAACUGUAACCAUGGUGGACAGAUGCGAGGCCUGUGGACCGAACGAUAUUGAUCUUAGUCCAGGUGCUUUCAACAAACUGGCCAAGCCCAGCCAAGGAAGGGUUAGGGGACAUUGGAAAUUUGUUUAA